GUGCUGUUUGGUGGCUGAGAAAACCGAGGAAAGAAAACAGGAAAAAGUGAAAAAGUGAAAUGCCGAUGUCUUUGCUUUUCUGUUUUUGCUUUGAACGAAAAGUGAAAAAGAUUCAAGGCUCCAACUGAGACUCACUCUGUAUUGGGCUCAGUUGAGUGGCGUUUUUGCCAAUUGUUAGAUUUAAAAAGAGAAAAAGAGUGAGGCAACUGAAAGGAGGUAAAUUCUGGUAUAUUAGGCUUAGGCGAAUGGAAGUUUAUUUAUUUAUUUUCUUAAGAUUCAGGGUUUUGAUUUCGUUUCUUUUCCUACAUUUUCUCGGUAGACAGAUUCUUUGCGAGAUUUUAAUUUCUCGAGGAAUUCUCCAUAUUGAAGUUAGUUCUGAUCGAUUUUAGAAUUGUUGGUGUUUUGAGUUGUUGCCGAGAAAAUGGAGAAUUGAAUUGGAGCAAUAAUGGCAUCAAGACAAGGAUCAAAAUCUAAGAGGACAGGUUCAAGCACUUUGAAAGCUGCGAAUUCUCCUUCAUCUUCAACAACAUCUUCUUCAAAGCACUUUCUAGAAACAUCAAUUGAUGGCCUGAGCUCCCCUGCAUCCUCUUCAGCCCGUAGCAAGCCUCAGUACUUUUACUCAGAAAGUUUGCCCUUGGAUACUGAGAGAUCAAAAGAAAAUGUUACAGUUACAGUCCGAUUCCGCCCUCUCAGUCAAAGGGAAAUUCGUCAAGGAGAGGAGAUUGCAUGGUAUGCAGAUGGAGAAACUAUUGUGCGAAAUGAACAUAAUCCAUCAAUAGCAUAUGCAUAUGAUCGAGUUUUUGGUCCUACAACCACAACACGUCAUGUCUAUGAUGUUGCUGCUCAACACAUUGUCGGUGGUGCCAUGGAAGGCAUCAAUGGUACAAUUUUUGCGUAUGGUGUGACAAGCAGUGGGAAGACUCAUACCAUGCAUGGUGAUCAGAGGUCCCCUGGAAUUAUACCCCUGGCUGUGAAGGAUGCUUUUAGUAUCAUUCAAGAGACUCCAAGUAGGGAAUUUCUUCUUCGUGUGUCAUAUUUGGAGAUCUAUAAUGAGGUUGUUAAUGACCUCUUGAAUCCAGCAGGACAAAAUCUAAGAAUUAGAGAGGACCUUCAGGGAACCUUUGUUGAAGGAAUAAAGGAAGAAGUUGUAUUAUCUCCUGCUCAUGCCCUUUCCCUUAUAGCAGCUGGAGAAGAGCAUAGACAUGUUGGGUCCACUAAUUUCAAUCUACUCAGCAGUAGAAGCCACACAAUAUUUACACUGACGAUAGAGAGCAGUCCAUGUGGUGAAAAUAGUGAGGGGGAAGCAGUUAACUUGUCACAACUGAACCUCAUCGAUCUGGCAGGUUCGGAGAGUUCUAGGGCAGAAACAACUGGAGUGCGGCGAAAAGAAGGAUCAUACAUCAAUAAAAGCCUGCUAACUCUUGGAACUGUUAUAUCAAAAUUAACUGAUGGAAGGGCUACUCAUAUACCAUACAGGGACUCUAAAUUGACCAGGCUUCUUCAGUCCUCAUUAAGUGGUCAUGGGCGUGUCUCACUCAUUUGCACUGUUACUCCUUCCUCAAGUAAUUCAGAGGAGACACAUAACACACUGAAGUUUGCUCAUCGUGCAAAACAUAUUGAAAUUCAAGCAGCCCAAAAUAAGAUAAUCGAUGAGAAAUCGCUUAUCAAGAAAUACCAAAACGAGAUUCGCAGUUUGAAGGAAGAGUUAGACCAAUUGAAGAGGGGUAUUGUAGUUCCUCGCCUAACAAAUAAGGGAGAAGACGAUCUUGUGCUUCUAAAACAAAAGCUAGAAGAUGGUCAAGUCAGGCUGCAAUCAAGAUUGGAACAGGAAGAAGAAGCAAAGGCUGCCCUGUUGGGUAGAAUUCAGCGGCUGACAAAGUUGAUCUUGGUCUCCACAAAAACUUCACAACCAUCAAGACUUCCUCAGCGCCCUGGUCCUAGGAGAAGACAUUCUUUUGGAGAAGAAGAGCUUGCAUACCUCCCAUACAAAAGGCGAGACUUGAUCUUGGAUGAUGAAAACAUUGACUUGUAUGUUUCUCUUGAAGGGAAUGCUGAAACUCCUGAUGAUACACUUAAGGAGGAGAAAAAGACCCGGAAGCAUGGAUUGCUAAACUGGUUAAAAUUACGGAAACGAGAUAGUGGCACUGGAAGUCCUAGUGACAAAUCAAGUGGAAUAAAAUCUAUCAGUACACCUUCAACUCCUCAAGCAGACAGUGUUAAUCUUCCUACAGAAUCCAGACUCUCUCAUUCUUUACUUACAGAAGGUUCUCCUAUUGAUCUUUUUUCUGAGACCAGACAGGAUAGAGAAGUCCCUGUGGAUGAUUUUUUGGGACAAGAGACACCUCUGACUAGUAUAAAAACAAUGGACCAAAUUGAUCUGCUGAGGGAACAGCAAAAGAUUUUGUCUGGAGAAGUGGCACUACAUUCAAGUGCUCUAAAGCGAUUAUCUGAAGAGGCAGCAAAGAAUCCUAGGAAGGAACAAAUUCAUGUGGAAAUGAGAAAGUUAAAUGAUGAAAUCAAGGGGAAGAACGAACAAAUAGCUUUACUGGAAAAGCAAAUUGCUGACUCCAUUGCUGCUUCUCACAAUAAGAUGGAUAAAUUGGAAAUAUCACAAUCUAUUUCUGAACUGGUGGGGCAAUUGAAUGAGAAGUCCUUUGAACUUGAGGUUAAAGUUGCGGACAAUCGGAUAAUUCAAGAGCAGCUCAAUCAGAAGAGCCAUGAAUGUGAAGGAUUGCAAGAGACAGUUGCCUCUUUGAAGCAGCAGCUCUCUGAGGCUCUAGAGUCAAGAAAUGUCAGCCCAGUGAUUGGCCAUGAACUUCAUACAGAAACAAAGAAUACAGUACAAGCACAGGCUGCCGAGAUUGAAGACCUGAAGCAGAAGUUGACUGAAGUAACAGAGUCAAAAGAACAGCUAGAAUUUCGGAAUCAGAAACUAGCGGAGGAGAGUUCAUAUGCAAAAGGUUUAGCCUCUGCUGCCGCAGUUGAGCUAAAGGCAUUGUCAGAAGAAGUUGCCAAACUUAUGAACCAAAACGAGAGACUAGCUGCUGAGUUGGCAGCACAAAAGAACUCCCCCAAUAACCGUAGAGCUAUUAGCGCACCCCGAAAUGGCCGCAGAGAUAGCCACAUCAAACGGGCUGAUCAAGGUGUGUCUCCUGCAGAUGUCAAGAGAGAACUAGCCUUAAGUAGGGAAAGAGAACUUUCAUAUGAAGCUUCCCUUUUAGAGAGAGAUCAAAGAGAGGCCGAGCUUCAAAUAAAAGUAGAGGAAUCCAAACAAAGAGAAGCUUAUCUUGAAAAUGAACUAGCUAAUAUGUGGGUUCUUGUGGCAAAGCUGAAAAAAUCCCAAGGCGCUGAAUCUGGUGUCUCUGAUUCAACAAGAGAAACCCAGAGGGUUGAUAGUUUUGGGAUUUGGAAUGAGUCAAUGGUGACAAAGGGCUUUCAAUGAGAUUUGCUUGUGAUGCCUGUGUGAGAAAGGUGUGCGUUUGUGUAUUAGAUGUGAGCUCUGUGUAUUUAAAAAAAAAAAUGAGAGCUUUUGUUUUUGUUUUGUUUUGUAUUUUUUUCUUUCUCCAAUUAAUUCCCAACUAUGUUGUAUGAUCAGGUUUAUUUUAGGGCUUAUUUGUCGUUGGUCA